AAUUUUAUCUUUAUGCAAUUUCCUAAAUCCUCGCACUGUUCCCAUGUUCUUUUUUUCUUCAAACUAAACCAUUUGAUAGGGUUUUAAGCCAGUUUUUCUUUACGGGCUUUUUCAUGAAAAUUAUCUCUUUUUUCAAAUUUUAUGGUCAUUUGAUGAUAAUUUUUGGAAUAACUCUUAAACUUAGCUUAAACCAAGAAAAAAGUUGAACUUUCACAUAACACAACCCAUUUGCUCCUAAAUGCUUAAAUUUGAUCAGGAGAGAUGUUUGUUUGUGAGCCUUCAAAAAACCAGAUAUUUUAUGAAUUACAAAUAAUAUUUUAAUUAAUGUAAAAAAUCUCCAAAUGAUCACCAAAUUUAGCUUAUAAAGGCUUUCAAACAUAGUAAACAGUUUUCAGAUAUUUUAACUUGGCUGGUAAACGGUGGAUAAUGUGCAACACGAGACCCCAUAGUGGUCAUAUCACCUCUUAUUCACAACUCCUAUCUCUACCUCCCCGUGGUGCCGGCUGGGGUGCGAGUAACCUAAGCGGAGAUAGGGUACCCAACCCCGGUGGAUGCUUUGGUCGCAUGCAGACUGAGAAGGUGGCCGCACGCGUCUGUUCCCCAGGUCAGGGGCGGCGUGCAACAACAACCGAGCGUCUGUUCUCCAGGUCAGGGGCGGCUCAAACAGCGUCUGUCUUGCAGCAAGCGGCUGAAUUUAUGAAAUGCGGCUCUCGCCAGCUAAGUCCAAGAUGGCAGCCCCAUCGCGGGAUAGGGACUUUAGGCUAACAAUCUACUGCUCCCGACUCAGAAAUUGUUACGGAAUCCGAAAGAAAUGACCGACCUGGAACUUUGGCGACGACUUUUAGCAUGAAAACACGGACACGAAUUGGAACUUGGAACGUUUUAACCCUUGCCCAACAAGGCAAACUGGAACAACUGGCUAGAGAGGCUAGCCGCCUCAAACUUGAAAUUCUGGGACUGAGCGAAGUCCGUUGGCCUAAUACUGGAGAACACAAGACACAAUCCGGGCAAGUCCUGCUUUACUCUGGCAUACGAGGAGAACAUGCUACUCGGGAACGAGGAGUUGGUUUCCUGUUAAGCCCGCAGGCCUACGCGGCCCUCAUUAGAUGGGAACCGAUAAACGAAAGAAUAAUCGUAGCCAGAUUCAGAACACGGGUUAGAAACCUUACAAUGGUCCAGUGUUAUGCGCCAACUGACGUUGCCGACUUGCAGGAGAAAGAGCAGUUUUACAGUCAACUGAACAGCGUGGUAGAGAAAAUUCCGAAGGGUGACAUUCAAAUCCACUUGGGCGACUUCAACGCAAAGAUUGGCUCCGACAAUCAGGACCUUGAGCGCAUCAUGGGGCGCCAUGGUCUAGGACAGAUGAGCGAAAACGGAGAGCUGUUUGUAGAAUUUUGUGGCAACAACAACAUGGUGAUCGGUGGAUCGCUCUUCCCCCAUCGACCAGCACAUAAAGUCACUUGGGUAUCCCGAGAUGGCCGAACAGAAAAUCAAAUUGACCACAUCUGCAUCAGCCGAAAAUGGAGAAGGAGCCUUCUUGAUGUUCGCAACAAACGAAGCGCAGACAUUGCAUCUGACCAUCACCUCGUCCUUGGCGAGAUACGACUGAGAGUUGCGCGUGUCCAACGGCGCGAGGAGAAAGUCGGGUGUCGAUACGACGUCCGCCGGUUGGAGAAUCCAGAGGUGAAAAGGGCAUACGUUGAAGAGCUAGAAUCCCGAGCCUCGGAGCUGCUGACAGACGGAACAGUCGAAGAACAGUGGUGUGAAAUCAAGAAUGCCUUUAUCACGACGAGCCAUGGUACUCUCGGUAAAGUUUGUGGAAGAAGGAGUGAAUGGAUGUCAGAUGAAACUUGGAGGAUGGUCGAUGAUCGGAGAAAGGCGAAAGUCGGAAUUGAGCAGGCAUGUACCGGGUCAGCCAAAGCAGCCGCCCGCUUACGAUAUGCGGAGCUGGAAAAGGCAGUUAAACGAGCUUGUAGACGAGACAAGAGAGCCUGGACAAACUCCCUAGCCGAAGAGGGAGAAAGAGCCGCCGCCAAUGGAGAUAUCCGAUUACUAUAUGACAUUUCUCGCCGCCUCAGUGGUGCGAGGAUUAAUGCAAGAAUGCCGCUGAAAGACCGAGCAGGUCAGUUAUUGACCGAUCGAACAGAUCAGCUCAAACGAUGGACUGAGCACUUCGAACAACUCUUCCGAAUCACGCAUAGCGAUGGCCAACAGAACCCGCAGCUCGAAGCGCCAACAGUGAGUCGCAUAAAUGGCGUCAACUCGGAAGCGCCCUCGCUGGCUGAAAUAGAAGCGGCAAUCAAAAACAUGAAAUCCAACAAAGCACCUGGGAUCGAUUGCAUCCCUGCUGAAAUGCUGAAAGCCGACCCUGCCCUAUCAGCACAAAUGUUGCACCGUCUUUACGCUGAAAUCUGGGAUACUGCAACAUUCCCGGCCGACUGGAUGCAGGGUAUCCUCGUAAAAGUCCCAAAGAAAGGGGACCUGACAGAGUGCGGUAACUGGUGAGGUAUAACUUUGAUCUGUACAACCCUCAAAGUACUCUGCAAAGUGAUCCUGAACAGGAUCCAGGAGAAAAUCGACGCUACACUCCGACGGCAACAAGCUGGAUUCCGAUCCGGACGAUCAUGUGUGGACCACAUCACAACGCUACGAAUCAUACUGGAACAAAUCAACGAAUUCCAGGACUCUCUUCUGCUGGUGUUCGUUGAUUUCGAAAAAGCAUUCGACCGACUUAACCAUGAAAACAUCUGGGCGGCUCUAAGGCGAAGAGGAGUACCAGAGAAACUAGUCCAUCUCAUCGAAGCACAAUACGAGGCAUUUUCGUGCAAGGUCUUGCACGACGGUGUCUUGUCCGAACCAAUCCCGGUAACUGCUGGAGUGAGACAAGGAUGUAUCCUAUCACCGCUACUUUUUCUAAUCUUAAUGGAUGAGAUUCUGAUUGGAUCGAUUGACUGUGCACCGAACCGAGGAUUGCCGUGGAAUCCUUCAACAAUGGAGCAACUGAACGACCUUGACCUGGCUGACGAUAUUGUUUUGCUCGCCCAAACACAACCAGAUAUGCAGAGCAAACUCGACGACCUCACCGAAAGUUCCAAGGCAGCAGGUCUCAAAGUCAAUGUCGGAAAGACCAAGUCGAUGGAGAUCAACACAGAAAAUCCCUCCAGUUUCAUGGUAGCUGGGCAAAAAGUUGAGAAAGGGGAGUGCUUCCAGUAUCUUGGUAGCCAGAUAAUGCCUGAUGGUGGUACCAGAAAACAGGGUUCCGAAUUUCACUCAUUUUCAAUGAAUGUCCCUGAUUGCACUUCGCAACUGAACGAAUAGCGAUCGGGUUUUGUUAUUGAUUGCUACUGGACCUAUCCGAUCAUCGUUCGUUCUAUUCAUCGCUAACAUAUAAAUCAUCUCGCACGAUGCUUGCUGUCAAAACAGUGCAGCACUAUCAUCCAAUUGGAUUCUCACCAAAGAGCGAUGCAUAUGGCGAAUCAUGUUCGUCUAGGAUCAGGAGUGAAUGGUUCAGGAAGUGAGUGAGUGAUACAUUCAACCGAUCAUUAGCAAGUGUUGUUUGUUUUUAAACAUAGCCAAUUAAUAAAUUUAUUUGAAUUUACAGCGUUUUUUUUACACCAGUAAGAAUAAAAUCAAAUUGUAGUUGUCUUUGUGAGGGAAAGAUGUUCACUUCCGCCGUGUUUUCGAUUUCAAAUAAACCAGGCGGAUACUGAGUGAAUGACAUUCAGAAUGGAUCAGUUUGUAUCUCACUCAUCUCUGAUAUGCGAUGUUUGCAAAAUCGAUGAUUCUGAAUGAUGCGACUCAGUUUGCAUAGCUGAGUGGAGCGCUGAUCGAGAUUGCAUACCAGUCGGGCGAAGCAGUUGCAAGAGGCGCUUUCCUAUUAUACAGUAAGAAUGUUUCAAAUAAGAAACGUAUCCUGAGUGUUUAUUUUGAUUGAUCUUCGGACCAUUGCCAGAAAAGACAUCGAAACCCGGAUCAGAAAGGCUCGAUUUGCGUUUGCGAGUCUCCGAAACAUCUGGCGGUCACGCCAGAUCUCUCUACGAACGAAAAUCCGAAUCUUCAACUCAAACGUCAAAUCCGUAUUGCUGUACGGGUGCGAAACUUGGUGCACAUAUGCGGUAACGACGCGAAAACUGCAAGUAUUUGUAAACCGCUGCCUGCGGAAUAUCAUCCGCGCUUAGUGGCCUGGCAACUGGAUCUCGAAUGCGGAACUACAUCGCCGGUGUCAUCAAAGGGCGCUAGAAAUCGAGAUUCGGGAACGUAAGUGGAGAUGGAUUGGGCACACGCUGCGAAGAGAUGAAAACGAGAUUUGCAGAGAGGCGCUAGAUUGGAAUCCAGAAGGUCAUCGAAGAAGAGGCAGACCCAGAAACUCGUGGCGGCGAAGCCUAGCCGCUGAAAUCCGAACUGUCGACGAGAAUCUUGACUGGGACCAAGUGAAGACGCUGGCUCCGGAUCGUCAACAGUGGAGGUCUUUUACCACGGCCCUAUGCACCGGAGGAUCGGCGCGGGAUCAUUAAGUAAGUUAAGUAAGUUAGUUAAUGAUGAUUAUCUGCCAAAAUUUCAUGUUGAUCAAAGUUAUCUCGCUGAUCAAAGUUCCCCCAGUUUACGGUAUUCAAUUUUUGUUAUGUUUUCCUCCCAGUGAAUAAAGGUCCCGAUGGUUGACAUGACUAGAUUCAUUCAGAGUAUUUCAAUUAGAGAUGUACCGAAUAUUCGGUCGGCCGAAUAUUCGGCGCCGAAUAUCGCCAAAAAACCGUUAAGCCGAAUAUUCGGCUCACCGAAUAGUUGAGCUAAGUAUUCGGCCGAAUAGGCCGAAUAUCUUCUACAGACUUGAUUUUUUUUCAAAUAAUUUUUGAUAAUUUAUUAAAUAUCCAAAAGUAAUGUUGCAAAAGCUAUACAAUCAUUAAAAACUUAUGGUUUCAGCAUAAUAUCUAAGGUGUAUCCGCCUAUCUUUCAUUGUAGAUACACAGCAAAUUUUUUUUUGCUGGAAACCAGCAAAAUUUUGCUGGUUUUUGUCCCGCUGACUUUCCAGCAAAAUUUCCAGCAAUUUAAAUUGCUGGAAAAAACAGCAAACGUUAAUGCUGGUUUCCAGCAAUUCAAAUUGCUGGAAAAUCAGUAAUCCAGAUUGCUGGAAACCAGCUAUUUCUUUCAACACAACCGGCAGUAUUUAGUAUGAAAUUUAUAUUCAAUUCAAAAUUAAAGUUUAAUAUUGGCUGUCCAUAUAAUAAGCAAUAAAUACAAUUAUUUUCUCCCAUUUUCAAUAAGGGAUUAAUUUAUUCUCCAAAAAAAAACUUUUUUUUCACAACUUUCACACCGGCUCUGGGGUGGCCGCUUUGUGCCAAAAUGUUGAUCAUCCGCCACCUGUAAAAAUAGUUUUGAUGAGUAUCUUCUAUGGAAUAUCUACCUGUACAAUAAAAACUUACCCUUGACUUGAUGCCUGGUUGCUAGAAUAUAGAGGAAAAUAAAAUAAUUAUAUUAAUUUAACCUUAAUUCGUGAAAUAGAAUCUCACCUUACUUCAGCGUACGAAACAAAAACAAACUCCAAAUUGACAACUCGAUUGCUGAUUUUCCAGCAAACUAGGUCAAUUGCUGGAAAGUCCAGCAAUUUGAAAACCGAUUGCUGAUUUUUCAGCAAAAAUGACAAGCACAUAACCGAAUGCUGAAAAAUCCAGCAAUUCGAAAACCGAUUGCUGGUUUCCAGCAAAAAUUUGGAUUGCUGAACGUUUCCAGCAAUUUUUUUUGCUGGAAAUCGAGGCAAAAAUUUACAGUGUAUAUUUGGGCUUGCUCAUAAAUCCAGUAAAGAAUCCAGAUUAGUCAAACUGGACGGAAUAUCCAGAUAUUGUUGAAUACUUCCCGAGUUUUGCUCGGGUUUACUCAGAUUAUUUGCUAAUUCGAAUAAAAAAACUCAAAUUUCUCUUCAAAAAUUUUAAGAUUUUGUGUUCAAUUUUUUCAAAAAUUGGUUGAAGAUCAUCUAUCUUAUCAACAAAUAUUUUAAAGAUAUCUUGCUCAAAUUCGACCUUCAUCUAAUUCAAUAUCAGAGAAGCAAGUUCAAAUAGCUUUGCACCUGUUUCGACAUGUUUUAUCCCAGAUUUCACAGGAACGCAAUCUGUUUGGUGAUAAACGCCCAAAAAGCGACAAGUCAUCACAUAUCUUUUCAGUUAUUGGUGACAUUUUAAAAAUAAGAAAGACUCCUACUUAAAAAAUAUCUCGAAAAUCAUCAUCCGAUAAUAUCAUCUGGUUGAAAAUAAUCGACUAAAACAUGAGGGGCAUUAAUAUGGAAGAAAUAGAAAGCAUUGAAUUAAUCGCUUAAGGUUUUUUCAUUGAAAACUCAAUAGAAUAUUCGACCGAAUAUUCGUUUGGCCGAAUAGUUGAAAAGGUCAAUAUUCGGUAUUCGGCCGUUCGCCGAAUACCACUAUUCGGUACAUCUCUAAUUUCAAUUAUAGGGUACCGUAAUCAUGCGUGAACGUACCCCCACGCCGGGCAUGAUGACGUAGUUGUUAAUGAACUCAAAAUUUGCGUGUUAAAUGAUUUAUUAGGACUAUUAGCACAGAGAACAGACAUACAAGCUAGCCCACGAAACUUGUGUAAAAUUUCCAACGAUAGUUUUGAACAAUUUUUCUGUUUCUUUUGGCUGGGCCUUUUCGAAAACUGGCCACCUGAAAAUUUGAUUUGUAACUUUUGAACGGCACAAUAGAUUGCACUAUUUCAAGUCAAUUUCUAACGUAUUUUUUGAAUGUCAGUAUUUGAAAUUUUACACACUUUUUGGAAGAUUUUUUGUUCGAGCUUGUACGUCUGUUCUCUGUGCUAUUAGAUGUGUCUUCUUGCAAUAUUUUCCAUUUUUAAGCUUACAAUAUGCUUGGAAAUAGUUUCCAGUAAUUACAAUUUCCACCAUAAGUUAGAUAUUUCCGAGUUUCAUUCGCAUUUCAUGCAGAACCACAAACCAAAUCGUAUUUUUUGAAGAAGCUCAUAAAUCUGGGAAGCCAAAUUUAUGAAUUUGAGGACAGUGGCGUACAAAUUACUGGCAUCAAAAAUAUUUUUUAUGGAAAAACUGUAGAAUUCAAUACAAUGCUCGCUAUUUUUCAUAACAAAUACGGAAUUCUGGAAAUCUGCCAACCAAUAUGGCGGAUGAGGUGACCUGUUAUUUCGAAGAACUUUGAGAUUCAUUGAGCUUUGAAAUUUGAAGAACAAAAUUUCAAACGUGCCUACAUAUGAAAAGCGAUUCUUCAUAUUUGAAAAAAAAAACUAUUCCAAUUAAAAGGAUAUUAAAAUUUAAAAAACAAUUUCAUUAAAUAAUUGAAUUAAUGUUUGACAGUUUUGAAGAAUUAAUUUUAGCAAAUGAAUAAAAGUUAUAGAUUUCAAGACAUUCAAAGCGAAAAUGUUCUGUAUCUUAUUGAGGAAAAAAUCGCAGUUCUUUAAAAAAAAGGUUCUUCUGGUGAACGAGUUAGUCUAGGCAUUUUAUUAUAGAACUAGCAUACCCGGUAAACUUCGUAUUACCAUGUUCAACUUGGCGUCUCGCUCUCGUGAACAUGUCCUAGUUUUUUUUACAACUCCUUCUUUCCGUUUACUCGAAUUGUCACGCUUAAUUCUAUGGGAAUCAACCCUAAAAAUGUUAACUCAAUUCUUCGGGUCUUUGCAAAGAUUAUCAAAACAUUUCCUUCAAUCAAUCUUACAUGCAUCUUACAGGAAAACUUUUAAUCUACUUUUCUUUGAGUCGGAUGCUUUGAAUAUUGCCGAAUGGUGUCAGGUAUCAGCUUCCCGUUGAAAAUUUGAGUUUUUCAGCACUCAACGUGACCAUCAAACUUGGCAAGACUCAUGCAGCAUGCUUAAAAAAUCUUCUCUUUGUAGCUUGUUCCAUAAAUAACUUUAUAUUGAUAAUAUCUAUGUUUCAUUUAUUGAAUACCAUUUAGUUGAUUUACUCCACUUUGCUCGAGUUCACAUUAAGGUUGAAAUCGGAAUCAAAAGUUUCUCAUUAACUGGAAUUUAUUGCAUACUAGCUGAUUUUACCCGGCCUUGCUCGGGUUCUCAUAAAAUAUAAAUCAAAAUAAGUCGUUUGACAUUUAAAAAUUUUAUAUAUUUUAUAUUCAUCAGUAUAAGACAUUUUUUUUAUUCUUUUCAAAGUUUUUAUUGUUGUGUUUAUCGUUUUUAUUUAAUUGAAAAAAUAUAGUUAUGAGAUUUUAAUUAAUAGAUUUUCAAAAUAAUUUCCAAUGAAUGCCUAUUCAUCGUAUUGCGAAAAACAUUUCUUCACCCACCAAUUUUAGGAAGCUUCAAUAGAUUUCGUUUUGAAAUUUUUAUCUUCAAAUGAUAAAAUUGGAGAAAUGAUGAUUUUCCCAUUCCCUAUCUAAUAAAAAUCUCUUCUGGAGAUCAUUUAUUUUUUAAGAUUUCCUGUACAUCCAAGUUCUAUUUACUUUGAAAUUUCUAAACAGACUUCCGGAUCUUGUUGAAUCAUUUGAAAAACUUACUUUCCUUGUUUUCAAUUGCAUGUUUGCUUUUUCGCUUUCUAAUUUCACACUGAUUUAUGAGUACUUGUUCUUCAAUGUUGAAAGUUCCACUGAUAGUUAGGUAUCGAAAACAAAUCAUCUUAACCCAAGUUACCAUUACAAUGCUAUGAAAAAAGUUUUAUUUGAGUUUUAAUUCAAUGUUUCUAUUCUUGGACACAAUCAUCCCAUUAAUUAUUGUGAAGAGGAGUGAUCAAUGUUAAAAUUUAAUAAUUUGAUUGAAUUCGCAGUACUUAAAGGUUCUAAAAUAAGUCUUCUCAAAAUUGGAGGAUAGAAUUGAACACAUUGAUGAGCAAUAAUAAUUCAAAAACUAUAAAUUGGAAAAUGGAAAUUGGAAUUUUAAGUUGAGACUUAAAAUCUCAGAUCCAACCAUCUUAUCAAUUUUCUAAUUCCUCGUUUAAAUUCCCUGACAACUAUCAAAGCGUUGAGAUCGAAGCCUUCAACUUAUAAUUCUGAAUUUUAUUAUUUUUGCUUCCUUUGUGAGGGAUUCUAAAUAUAUGGAAAUAGUUUGUUCUUAUAACCUGGAAUGUAUAAAAAUCUGUUCGAUAGUUUUUCAGCAUUCAGUCCAUCUGAAGAAGUCAAAUUACUUUUAACUUUCAGUUGAUAGUAUAUUCUUAUAGACUCUCAAAGCACCCCGCUUUGAAAACCACUACAAUUCUAGUCAAUAUAUACUUAACAGGUUGGUCGUAAUUUUCAAUUCAAAAUGUAGGCUCAUUAUGGCAUCCAAAUACCUCGUACCAGUACCACGUGCUUUGAACAGAAGAAGGAAUGAAAACACCCGCCAAAAUUUCCCCUUUGAAAUUUUUAAUGCUCAGCAAGCUUUGAUUUGCUUUCCAGUACACGUAAACUCUGGACGGUCAUUUCUAAUGCCCGGCCCAUGGUGAUGGUGAAAAAAACCCCGCCAAAGGAAAAAAAAUCGGUUGUCGAAAUGGGUGCCAUGACUUUUGGUUCGUGUGAAUAAAACCGAAAGUUGUAUGGGAGGGUCCCUUUUCUUAGGAGGGAGGGGCUCAUAACUAUUACUACACACAAAACUUUCGGGGCUCCACUUAGCAAAAAAUAGCUGUUACUUUCCGUUAGCAAAAAUAUUUUUUUACUUUUGAAUUAGCACUUUCCCAUCUUUUCGAAAAUUAAGCUCAAUUUGAGUAAAAAAUACCCACUUGCUACACAUUUUAGCAUUUCCAGUAGCAUGGACUCAAACUUUUAGUCUGUGCUCAAACCACGACUGCAGCCGGCUGUUUUGUCAGUUUUUUUCGGAUGUAAUUCGUUCGUUCGAAUCGGUCGCAAUUUUGAAGCACGGAAAAUAGUAAAAUUAAAUGUUUAUUUUGGUUCUGUUCUUCUGCAAUCAGAAUAGAAGACGUAAUACCAUCGAUCAAUUUGGUCGAGGACUUGCCGUCAACAAGAAUUGUUGAUCUGUGUGCCAAUAAGAAGGUGAUUCUGUUAUCUAUUCCAGGGGUGAUCAUCCCAGAGCAGAUCUCAAUCUCCCGGUGUCGAUGAAGUGUUGUUUUCUUGUCAACAAUCUACUUGUCUUCCCGAGACAAAGGCCCACAACACAGCUGCCAUGGUGUCAAGUGGAAUUAAAUUGAUCGCACCCAGAAGAAAAGCCAGAAUCCGGUCGAAAGAAACUUUCGAAGAACAGGAGGAGGACAUUAAAUAGUCGGGAACUCCUCUAGACUUAAAUGUUUCUACAGUUUGGCAGGCCCGUCGCCUUUGGAAUAGAAAAUUUCGCUCGGUAAAGUUACCUAGAAAAAAGGUAACACCAUUUCGCAGAACAGCUACUGAUUUUUUUUAGCCAGAACUAACCGGAUCCGAUGAAACCACUCCUUUCCCAUCAGAACCUCAAUCCGAAGUCCAAGCUGCUUGUGAAAAGACCAUUCAAAUCGAUCGGCAGUGAAAUUGUUGGCCCCAGCAACAUCACUGUCGAGGAAAAAAGUUCUGCGGAAGCACCUGCUACGAAGAAUUGGGUUUUGGGUAAUAUUUGGUCAACCUCAACUACCGAUGCAAUUCCACGGCAUAUAUGAGCUUGACAACUUCAUUUCUACGGAAGAUUCAAGCAUUGAAACCGAAAUCGCUAGCCAUCGGCGGAAGAAGGCAUAACGUAGAAAUGGCAAAUCAGCUGGUCGGUGGUCUUAGGCUCCCCGCCACAAUAAGGUCAAGGCCAAACGCAAGUGCAAUGCGCUUUCGUCUCCGAACCAUAACAGGCCAUUUUUCGCGGGUAAUCCAAUCAAUGGGCAGGCAAGCAACUCAAUGAUUCGGCUUUCUUUAUAGGGCUCUACUGGAUACUAAAAAAGAACCUCUACAAAUGACCAGAAGAAGAGCAAUGUUUUACUUGAGGCCCGAAUUCGGAAGCAUGGAGUGUGGAGAAAAUCGUUUGAAAAUAAAUUUAUUACAAAAUUGCAAAACUUUUCUUUCUAUUUGCAAAUAACAAUCCAACCAACGAAAAAAUUGAAAAUUUACUCAAAUUCUAGUAAUUCUUCAAAACAAAAAACUUGCUCAUAUUUUAGCAAACAAUUAUUUUAUUAACUAAAAAAGUAGUAAACAUUUAGUCCAGACACUUUUUUCAAUUUUGCUAAAUUCUCAGUAAUUUUUUUUUUGCUAAAUUGAUUGCUAACUUUCUAGCUGGUCAAAUUUGAGCAAAAUUUUGCUAAAUUCCGGCCUCGAAAGUUUUGUGUGUAAAACCUUACCCUGGUUCAACUACAUCUCUGUACCAAAUUUCAGGCUGAUCGGUUCAGCGGUGUGGAUUUGUAUAAGGUGCAUACAAACAAACAAACAUAUAUAGUCCAACUCAUCUUUAUAUAUUAGAUGAAACUUUAUAGAAAAAGAAUUUUGAAUAUCGGGACCAUUUAAGGAGUAUUUGCCCAAUAUUAUGCCUAAAGGCUGCCACACAAUACAGCGUCGUCCGUCGCGUCACGUCAGCUGUCAACGCCGUCGUUGUGUACUAAAACGCUGCCGCGACGCACUCUACAAUUUUCGCACCACAAUAUAGCGUCCACUGACAGGGCUGACAGGGAAAUAUUGAGAGAAAACUCGCAAACUCCAACGCAAAAUGUUUCAUUUAUUUUUAUUUAAAAAAAACGGGAACAUACAAAUCAAGUUAAUAUUUCUAAAAAACGCUUUAUAUGUAAUUUCAUCAUUAUCAUUAUAUAAUGUUAAAAAUAAAUUUCAAUGACGUUUUUCAACAAAUGUGUAUCAUCGAAGAGAUAAAAUGACGAUGAUAUGAUUUUUGAAUCUGUUUGUGUCAAUCUUUGACGAAAAAUAUCAAAUACGAAUAGUUCAAACCCAUGCUGACGCGCUUAAAUUUUGAUAUUUUUCAAAACCAAAACGUCGACGCUCGAAAACGCUGCCGUUUAGAACAAGUUUUGCGUUUUAGUACAAUGCCUUCGCUGACGCGACGCACCAUUGUGGCGACUCAAACGGAAAAUGGCAUCCUCAAAAUUAAAUGUCAACGCGACGCGACGAUUGACGCUGUAUUGUGUGGCAGCCUUAACGCAGUACUUUCAGCUCCCGAGUUUCUUCGGAGAGAACAUUUUUUACUAACCAUUUUCAAGCAGCUUUUUGUUCACUAUUUUCACCCUUGGAAGCAGUGGUAAUUAAAUAAUAUCCAUAUUUUCAUCAAAACCAUGUCAAAAAAAGUUUACCGUUUUAUUAUUUAUUUCAGCAAAUAAUGCUUAUUAAAUUCCUUUGUACAUUUACCCAAUUAAUAAAAAAAACGAUCGGAUUUGAAAGGAGGAAAAAGUAUGUUAAGAUUUUUUUAUAUUCAACCGAAUUACAGCAAUUUUAUUUGCAUUUUUGUCCUAAUGGGCAUAUCUGCCAAUUUAAUCCAUUGUUUUUUAAGGUUCUAACUGAAACAUUGAGGUUUUUGAAAAUUAAAUAGAUCGAAAAGAGCUAACAUGUUAAGGCUACAAUGAUUCCAUGAGUUCAUUCGUUUUUUUUUUUGGAAGUUUUCAUGCGUACAUAUACCUCGAAACCUUUAAAAACAUAUAAGUGUCUUUCGGCUAUCAUCACAGUUCAACUUUCAUAUUCUUUCAAAAAGAAAUAUCUAAGUAAAGGUGCAAGUGAAAACACAUUGCUCUUUUUCAGAUGCGUCAGUGUAAAGACUUUAAAAUAAAUUGAAUACUUUUUCCUGUUUGUCUUUUUUAUCAACUUUCAUUGAUAUAUCUGUAGUUUUUCCCCAGAAUAAAAUAAUGCUUGGUACUUCAAUUUCACUGAACACUGUUUUACCAUAAGACCUUCAUUUACAAAGACAUUUAAUAAUUUUGAAUAUCCGCUUCAGAUUUAACAUUCGGUAUACCCUUUCUGAUCAUUUUGGAGAAAUAAUUCUUCAAAGGUAUAUGUUUCAUGACUAAAAGGCGCGUUGCCACUUGUUUCACCGUGUGAAAUGACAGGAGUUAAUAUCAUUUUCGACAUUUUCAGGUCACAAUAAAAACAUAUAAAAAAAAAUUGUAACAGAUGGUUUCUCAAGGUCGUCGCCACAAUGAAAAACGAGAACAUAAUUUAAAAUUUUCUAAUGGCCACUUUUAUUUCACCCACCCAACCUCCUUCAUCACAAUGAUGGUUCGGACGUGGUAAAAAAAAUCGACUUACGGCUUUCUCAUGACGGUGGAGGUCCAAAUCGCAAUUUCAUCCCGUUCUUGGCGCUGCUGCUGGAGCACGUUGAUCACCCACCGGCCGCCGCGGAAAUUCUUCUCGUCUUCCCACAUGGUGCGAAUGCCCUGCUUGAACAUCGAAUAAUCGCACCCGGUCUUCAGGUCCGACGGGCUCCUGAUUUGGUUGUACAAUCUCCAGAAGUCCUCAACGGUACCGACGGUGGCCACCUCGUUCAGAUUGUCUCCCCACGACUUGUUCUUAUCCGGUUCCUGAUACCAGAGCGUCCACUGGAAUUGCAGCGGAUUCUUGAUGAUGCGAUCCGGAUCGACGAUGCCGUACUGCUCGGUAUGAUUUUGCUCGGCGCUCCCCCGUCGUCGCUCAACCUCCUCAUCGGUUUCGCCAGCCAUGAUUGCAAAUCGGCUCAGCUCGUCAGCUCGUCGAAAUGUCUGUCCAGACACGUUGAUUGAAACAGGGGACAGGAAAAUUUUGCUUCGCUGGGGCUUUUCGCGGGAAAUCCGCCACACUUUUUCGAGCUUCGUCUUGUCGCAGCCUCGACCGAUGUCCGGAAAUAUCCGAUGACAGUUAUUUUUCUUUUUUUUUCCGUUUUUCGUGGACUGUGGGCUGUCGGGUUUUUCUUUUUAAAGUUCGAUACAGUGGGCCAAAUCUGGUCGAACAAGUUGAUUUGUUUUUGAUUAGGGUUGGGUUUUCUAACUCUAUUUUUGCUCAAAUCACACCAUAACAAAAGCUCUAAAAUUCAACUGUAACACAACAUUGCUGCUUUGGUAGAAAUUUUCAUGGAUUAUGAUAGAAAUCCAUGAAAAUUUCAAAACCACGCCACAAGGAGUUCGAGGGAAAGAAAUGAUCGACUACAUUCCGAGCAUACCUCGGAAGCGUAACACCUACUGCAGAGGUGUCUAAAACUUAAUACAUAAAUACAUAAUACAUAAACACAUCAUAAUAAACUCAAAGCCAACGAAUCUUGGCAAAAAUAUCUUUACGCCAACGAAUUAUGGCAAAGAUUUAACUAAAACUAAAGACGAAACUCAACGCCAACAUAUCUUGGCAAAUGAUGUCGAUCUAUACCAGCAGACCUGGCAAAAAUUUCCUCGAAUCCUGAACCAAACGACUAAAAGACUUUCACCCAAGCAGCAAAACAAGCAUAUUAAAUCAUGUAGCCAUUGAAGAGAAUAAUAGCUGUGAUUUUACAGUGAGGACUAAACAGAACUAAAAGCAACAGUUAUCUCAGGAAAAGAGGGAUUUAAUCCUCUUAAUUACCAAGGGCCCGGAAUAGAGGUUAUACCGCGCCUCCAGAUCGCGUUCCUUUUGAUUUUUCCUUGGUAACCCCCUUGAUAACUGUGCAUGAUGUAUUGCAAUGUAAAUAAAUAAUUAAAGUAAAUUUUAAUUCACAACAAUAUCGAAUAAAUAACACGAUACUUAUGAUUACACAAUAAUAUGGUGUGAUAUACGAGAAGAGCAAUAAUGAAAUAAUGAUAAGUACAAUUAUCGAAUAUUAAAAAUCAUAAUAAUUGUAAGUGGACGCAAAGUCCCUAAAAUUUGUCGAACUAAUAAUCAAAGUGGUUCGAUUUAGUUGGGCGCCAUUUGUAACAGAUGGUUUCUCAAGGUCGUCAUUCUGUGUAAACAAACAGUGAACCUGUAAACAGUUUUUCUGUGAAUGAAUUAAAAAAAAAGUUGAGUUUAUUUAGUCAGAUUGUUUAAUUGGGCUCAAAGAUUUAAAGAUGAAGAAAUAAUGUGAACAUGUAUACAUGAGUAAUUUAUAAUCUUAUAUAUAAAAAUGGAGGCGUUUUCUUUGUGAUAACAUCACGUAUGAAUGGUCGGUCGGAAUGAAGUGAAAUUUGGUAUCCGAGGGUUUUUUGGGUCAGAGAUGGUUUGUAUAAUAGUUUCAAGAAUCUCACUUUUUAUUAAAGAGGGGUCCCCAUACAAAGUUAUCUCUGCACAUCUUAUAUAUAAAAAUGGAGGCGUUUUCUUUGUAACAACAUCACGUAUGAAUGGUCGGUCGGAAUGAAGUGAAAUUUGGUAUCCGAGGGUUUUUCGGGACAGAGAUGGUUUGUAUAAUAGUUUCAAGAAUCUCACUUUUUAUGAAAGGAGGGUCCCCAUACAAAGUUACCUCUUCACAUCUUAUAUAUAAAAAUGGAGGCGUUUUCUUUGUAACAACAUCACGUUUGAAUGGUCGGUCGAAAUGAAGUGAAAUUUGGUAUCCGAGGGUUUUUUGGGUCAGAGAUGGUUUGUAUAAUAGUUUCAAGAAGCUCACUUUUUAUGCAAGGUGGUCCCAAUACAAAUUCAACUUUAAAAGGGACACUAGCCGUACAAUUUUGUUACGACUUCCAUAAGAAUCGAUUCGCGAGCACGAUGAAGUUAAGGACGUGUAGAUGGAAUUAAACAUUUAUUAUGAUUUAUACAUUAGAUGGUAAAACGAAGUUUACCGGGUCAGCUAGUUGUUUUAUAAAUGCUGAACGUUUGCACUUGCUCAAGUGUAUCUUUUAACUGAAAAUUCUUUCAUUUUUAUUGAUAAAUUUCACUUAUGCUUGCAGAAAAUCAAAAAGUUCUUUGCAUUAGGCCUUAAAAUAAACAUCAAUCCUAUAUAAUCUUUUUUAAAGGACAGGCUCUUGUUCAGUUCAUGUGUCUGUUCAUCCUCAAUGGAUUUUGUUGUUGCUCUGCAAAUUUAAAAGCAUCCGAAACAUUUUCAGUUAAGCACAUUUGUACAUGUUCGAAAAAUGUUUCUAGGGGUAUUGGAUUAAAAAAUUGUAAAUAAAUCUUCCCACUUUCUUUUUUUCAAAUGUCCGCAAAGAGUCAUACCAUAAUUUAAUAUGCAUCAGUACUAAAUUCAUAUUUUCAGACAACAAUUUCUGCUGAACUUAAAAUAGUUUUAUUGUUUUUAAUUGUUUAAAUGGUAUUGAUUUGAUCGGCAAAAUAUCAAUCUGGGUGUCAUUACUAUGUGCUGUACAAAUGAUCUAGGAAUCAAGAAGAAAAAAAACACAUCUAGGCUUCAUAUCGCUACCACAUGCAUUGAAAUUAUGCUUGGUUUAGAAAUGCGCGCCCAAAUAUUUCAACUAAUCAGUAUGCUAUGCCAUCGUUACCAUCCUUUCUUGGUGUUUGCUUGCGACGCCUUGGACGACCAUGGAGACAAAUAACAAAUCGGCCUGCGCCCGAAGUAAAGAAAAUCUCCGAAAAUGGAUGUCAUGACUUUAAUUUGAUUCAAAAAACUACAAAUUUAAUUAUAACGGACAAUUGAUGCCACUUUUUGUUAUUUUUAUUCAAUAUAAACCGAUUCGCAUGCCCACAAAAUAUUCUAAAAAUAAUUUCACUUGUAUCUUUUAGGUAAUUUCGGAGGAGUAGUACUACAAACACCGUUACAAGAGAAUUUUAUAUAAUAGAUAUAUUUUUAAGAUCAUCUAAAUUUUUUUCAAAUUUCACCUUUGGAUAAUAUUUUCAAAAGAUCAUACACCCUUCUUCAAUAAGAAUGGAAUUUUCUGAAACAUUGAAACUAAAAUUUAAACUAACUGAGUUACAUAACUCUUCAUAAAAAAUAUUUUCGAAUUGUCAAAUGAAAAUUGAAUGAUUUACAAAAAAAAAAUCGAAAUUUAGCUAUUGGUAUCAUUACAUGAUCGGGAAACGAAGCUUAGGGAAUGAUGAGCUAUAGUUGGCGCCAGGAGCUCUGGGCGAUGAACAAUUUUCUCUUACGCAGGGAGAAUUGAAUAUAUCAGCUUAUCAGUGCUAAAAUAGCAGCUGAAGUACUGAAGCCUAUUGUCAAGCCCUGCUCCACACGUGCAUCCACCGAUAAUAACACCUUUAAAAUCUUCUGGUUUGCUGAUCGGCGCUAAGCUUCCAUGUUCCUCGCACAUAAGCUCCAGCACCUCACCGAUGGCCGAAUGCAUUUCCAACCGAGCACGGAUUGCUUUCCACGUUUUACUGGCUUGGGCUAGCAAGUUCAUGUUGCCCACGAUAUAAAGUCCAUCUCGGGCCCGCGAAAGGGCUAUGCAUAUUCGAUUAUCGUUGGCGAGAAAUCCGAUGCUGUGAGAUUGGUUGCUGCGGACCAACGACAGAAGUACUAUCUUGGCUUCCUCGCCUUGGUAAUUGUCGGCAACUGUUAUUCGAAUGUUUCGCAAUUUUUCGAGCUUUUUGAAUUUCUGGAACAAUAACACGGAUUAGGAGAAUGAUUUAUAGAGAUUUAUAAAAUAAGGGUAAGACUUACAGUUUUUAGCUGCUUCAUUUGUUCGUUAUACAUGGUUAGAACAACUAUAUCUGCAGGUCCGUAGCCCUGAUUUACUAUAUACUCGCAAAGUGCCAUCAGGAAUUUCCACUCGAAGCUAUUUUUCUUGGAUUUCUUAUCGCUAGCUGAAUCUCCGUCUUCCGGUACCGUAUGAUUGAAGAAGAAUAAAUUUUGCCGCAUGCCUUUGAUCUUAGAACGAUUUUUAUUCCCUUCGUUAUCCUGUAAAUUAGAAUAGAUAACCGGUCGAAUAAGGUCGGCUAUCUCCGGCCGCAUCCGGUACUGCUCGGUAAGGCAGACAGCAUUUGCCUGGUUCCGGAUCAACCGCUCGAACAGACUGAUGUCCAUCUUAUACUUCUUGGAAAGUUCGUACACAGCGACCGUUGGUCGAAGCUGCUGAUGAUCCCCGAUCAAGAUGCAGUGCUGGGUAGCUGACGUUAAAGAGGCAACUAUGUGAGGUUCCAAGAUUUCUGCUGCUUCCUCGAUCAGUACGAUCGGGGCCUGUAAAAUUUGCAGCAUCUUGUGGUUACGUGCUGCGAAUGUUGUCGUCAUGCCAAUAACGCGGAAGCUUUUAACCUUUUCAUAUUUGAUUAUGUGGUUCACCUCGUCCAUACGACAGGAUAUUUUUUGCAGCUGGUUCUAAAAAUAGGAAAUAAGCGUUUCAAUGUUGUAAAAAAAUGUCUUUAUUUAAAAUAUUUACGACUAUAAUCGAAAUUAAAAAAAAAUAUAUGUAUUUAUUUACCAACUUUUGCACAAUGCUCUCAUUAUCAUCAAAUAGCUGGAUUUCCUCGAACUCUUCCAUCACCUUCAGAUAUUCUUGUUUAGUAUUGUAGUGGAGUUUCCUCAACCGCCAAUCAACGCCAUCGAUUGAUUCGUUCAGGUUGUAAGCGUCCAAAAGGGCGUUUUUCGAUUGCUUUCCCAUUCGCACUAAACUUUUUGUAUAUUUCAGUAAACCGCAGAGCAGUUGAUCAAGUGCAUUGUUGGUUUGACAUAUCACAAGCAUUUGAUGAUCGGUGUUGGCCAAUAAGGCGGACAUGAUUUCGAGGCCAGUAUGCGUCUUUCCUGUUCCUGGAGGGCCCUGUAUGAGUGCAAAUUUGUGAGUCAGUGCCAGCUUAAGUGCCGCGUACUGGGAAUUAUUCAAACCAAUAUUUUCACCAGUUGCUGGCCAUUCACUCGGUGCUCUCACAUUGUACUCUUGACCUCGGUGUGAAAAUAUGAGUUUUUUCUCUCGAGAUAUGUAAUCCGGAAGCCGGUGUUCGUUGGAGCAUUCCACGAUGUACGUUUGCAUAGGGAAAGUGUCUUUAUUUAGAUUCUUCAACACAUUAAACACCUGGUGGUAUGGUUCGAAGAAAACUUCGCUUUCGAUCAUUAUUAAUUCUCGAUUGAAAAAGUUCUGGAUGUUUUCAAUAUUGAUAAUAUCGAUAUAAACGUAACCAUUGGACAGCUGCUUAUCAUCCCGACGGUUGAUUACAGCCACAAUCAAAUCCUCCAGAGCGAUACUAGAUGUCAGGCAAAUCAUCGACCCAGUCAUUAAGCGCUUUGAUUUGUGAAGCGCCAUCUUUCUAUAUACAUCAGAUUUUCCAAGAACACGUUGUUCUGGAUCCAGAUCAACAAUGAUCAGCUCAUUCUUGGCAGAGUGACGGUUCACAUUCGAGGGUAGUAAUAGUUUGACACAUUUGUGUAUGCGGAUGCCAUCUAGGCUUGCAUCAUUGUUGAAGGAUUCUUCGUCCCCAGCUUUGAAGGCUUCGAUACCAUUCCUGAGGGGUAUCAUGAAAUCUUCCUUCAAUAGGGUAAGUUGAAUUUUCAAGUAAUGCUCAACACUGGAAAACGCUCCAUUUACAAUGUUGGGUUCGAGAUCGAUUUCGGUCUUUUUCAAUUCUUCUAGUGUUGGAUAAAUCUGAAAGAAAACCGGUCGGAAAAUUAAAGAACCUCUUUAUGCUUAUUAACGAGCAGGGUUAGAUAAACCAAAAACCUCUUAUUUACCGACAAGACGAUUUUUUCUGCUAACUACUUAAAAUUUUCAACGUGUGUCUAUCUUUAUUUUAGAUUAACUUACUAUCCAAUUUCCGAAUUCCAAGAGCUCAAUUAGUGAAAACAUAAAACUUGCUUAUUCAACCUUAUUCCAGCUUAACUGAUGAUUUAUGAUGAAUGAAUGAUACCGGGUUAAGAUGUUGCACUCUCUGGAGCCACUACUCUAAAAAUACAUGUUUCUGUUUUUUUCUUAAAACAUAAAAAUUAAAAUGACACAGCAAUUGGUAGUAAUUGUAAGUUUAUUUUCACCAUAUUAUAAUCAACGCUCAAAGCUUAGCAUAUCAUAGCAUGGAUAGCAUGGGUGACUGACUGACUACACAUGGGUUUUUGCUUUAAUAUUUUGUACUGGCCCACCACACUCUCCCACACCAAAAAGCUCAUUUGAGCCCCCUAGUAAUGGACGCUUUUGCUCUCGCACGUCUGGCAGCUACAAAAACUAACAAAAAAAAAACGCAAGCAAAAUUUUACUCAUGCUGAGAACUCAAAUGGUUAAAUUAUAAUGUGAGGAAAUGUAAUGAUAAUCAUAAAUUAAAUGGAUCUCAAUGGAAAACAGAUUCCUUUUAAAGAGAUCUACUAUUUGAUUUUAAUACUACUAAGCGAACAUUUUUUUUUUUUUGUGGCGUUUAAAUAGCUGUGAGAAGCUGACGCUGAAAAGGAAAUGUGGGUAGAGGGGUCAGGGAAAUAAAAGUUUAGAGUAGGCAGCUUAGAAUAGAAAGCGAUCUUGAGACGUUGGCUAUACCAUCUUGCACUUCCUUAAGUCCACUUCGGAUGAAUAUGAACUUAAAGCAGAACAAGAUAGUGAACUAACCCCUCAUGAUACCAGUUGGAGGAAAUACGUUGGCGGUUUGAGACAGGUCGCUUACUUAAUCCCAACGAAUCUAACUACAAAUUUAUAUGCAAUUUAAAAAAUAAAAUAAAAUAAAAUAAAAAGGAACGCUCUCACCAUGUUAUAGAACUCUAUGUUCAGCUGUUAAUAAAAUCCUUGGGAUGAGAGCCAUAUGUUGCGAAACCAUCUUAGGGGUCCUUUGAUGUUAGGUGAUGGCUUGAAGUUUACUCGAGUUAUUUCAAACUCGACGUUCCGGGUCAUCAUUUGACCAAUUGAUUUGGCGGUAGUGGCGGUAAUGCAUGCAUACAUGGAAAAAAAAGAAAAGAGAAAAAAAAGAAAGAAAAAAAAGGAUUUUAGUUCAUAUAAUCUUUUAAUAUAUAAAAAGAAGCCCAGUUCAAACUAAUAGCUCGAAUGAAUAGGAGAAGUAAUCUACAUUAUUCCUAUCACAGAAUCACACAUCACGGAAUCAUGCAAAUUCAUCAAAAUAUGGAUACAAGAGCCUUUUUUAUCGUUUGAGCAUCGCCCUACCCUACCCGCCUCACACAGUUGCCUACGUUUGAAUAAGAUUUUAAAAUGAUUAAUAGUGUUUUCGUUUAUUGGCAGUGGCAACCUAGUUACCCACGAGCUUUGCCCUAACUGCUGUUAUUAUGUUCGGUUAUUAAUUCAGAAGUCCACUAGUUUUGCCCGAGAUUUGAACCUCAAGCAGGCGGUUGCACCCCGUAAAAGUUGUCAGUGUUGGGGGUAAACAUAAGGGUGAGUAUAGCAACCAUAUAUUUACAUCGUCCUGGGUAACGAUUCUGUUCGUUUAUUCAGAAAAAGUUUUGCCUCGCGCUAGUGGAGAAAACGAAAACGGCAUAAGACUGUUUGUUUUGAAUUUGAACUAAAACACUAUAAAAACAACACAGGAGACAGAUAUGUUUCACAAACAUAAAAACACGAAAUAUCAUUUCCAUCCCCAUCCAAUCAGCCCCCAGUGAUUGAAAAAAGCUAGAUUUAAGAAUAAUCCCUCGUAAUUCAUAAACCGCAAAUACACAUCCACUGGAGCAUUGGGGAGGAGAAUGGUAUUUAAAUGUGUUAACCCACUCCUUUCCAACUGUUUGAAUAUAUCUGAAAAAAAAAAAGAACCCAACCUCCGAAUGAUCAGAAAAAAAAAGAAAUAAAAAAGAACAAACACAGAACAAAUUUAUAAGACACGAAACUUACUAAAUAACAAUAAAGAUAAAUUCAAAAAUGAAUCAAUAAACAAAACAAACAAAGAAAAACACUUAUAACAUAGUAAAUGAAU